AUGCAACACCAAUUAAGUUUAACUCUAGAGAGUAAUAAUAGUUAUCUCUCUGAUUAAUUAGAAAAUGUUGACAUGCCUUAAAUUAAUGGGAACUUCUUUUUUUAAGGAGAAGAAUAAUAAUCAAAAUUACUAUCAGAUAUUCAUUUAGUUUCUAAAAGAUUGUCUCAUUCUGCUGAUCAUUAUAUAAAUGAGAUUGUUGGAUAAAGAGAUGCUUCUAUGUAAUAUUUGUUUAACUUUUAGAAAAUAAAUAAUUUUGAUCUAAUCUUAUUAUAGAAUGUACUCAUGUCGGAUAAAGUACGAAAAAAGAAAAAAGUGGGCAAGAUAUAGAAAAUGUGUUAUAUAAGAAUUAGUUGAUAGUGAAUUUACAUAUAUUAAAGAUUUGGAAUUAAUUAUUCUUAAGUUCCAUGAUCCAUUAUAAGAAAUGUUGACAGAAGCAGAAUUAAAAUUAUUAUUUAGAAAUUUAAAGCAAAUAUAUUCAUUAAAUAAAUAGUUUUUAUUUGAAAUAUCAGGUAUUAUAUUUAUUCAUUAAAUUAGAAAGAUUUAAUAAUUUUACUUAACAUACAUGUUUUGGUAAGAUUUUUGAUAAAUAUGUUUAAUUUUUUAAAAUCUAUUUUGAAUAUACUUCUAGUUUUUCUAUUGAGAUUGUUUCUUAAUUAAGAAAGGAGAUUUAGAAAUUAAAUGAUUUCAUAAAAGAAUUAGAAGAGAUUGAUAUUUUUAAAGGAGGCAAUUUAGAAUCUUAUUUAAUUAAGCCAGUUUAGAGAUUACCAAAAUACGUUUUAUUAAUUAAAGACUUAAUUAAACAUACAUGGUAAUCUCAUCCAGAUUAUGAAUAACUAUAAAUUAGUCUCAAUAAAUUCGUUGAGGUAAAUUGUAAAAUUGAUGUUUUGAUGGACAAGUAAAUUGGAAAUUUAUUUUAGUGUUCUUAAAAAUUAAAUGCUUUUCGAAUUGCAAAAAUAAUUUUUUGAUUCUAUAAAUGUUUCAAUCGUUGAAUCAACAAGAAAAUAUUUAUAAAGUGAAACUAUUAAUGUUCUAGUUUCUAAAUAAUAGAAAUCAGUUAUUGUUUAUAUAUGCAAUGAUAUGAUAAUUCUAACAUAAAGAAAUUAGAAUACAUUAAUUAAAUAACAUGAAAAAUUGUAUGAAUAUCUUUACCUUAACGAGAAAUCUUAUUGUAAAAAUAAACCAGAAACUCAAUAUUGUAAAUUUUUAUUUACAGUAUCCUCUUAGGAAUAAAAUAUAACAUUUAUAUGUUAGGAUGCUGAAUAAAAAUAAAAAUUACUAAGUUUAUUUGAAUCAUUAAUUAAUGAGAUAAAGAUGAAAUAUUAAAAAUGGGAAAUUAUUUAAGUUUAAGAAGAUUAGCCAAUAUAAGUAUAUGCUAGAGGCACAGAAGUAAGAAAGUCUCUUCUUUAGACAUAUACUGUUUAUGUGAUGAUUGUAUAUAUACAAUAUAAAAUAGAUUUCUGCUGGAACUUAGAGUUUAACAUUAUUGACAAGAUAUAGUAGUUUAAUUAAGUUAGAAACUAUUCUAAGAAAAGAAUUUCCUGAAAUGUCCAUUCCACAUUUAAGCAAAAAUUAAUGGGCAAGCAAUAAGAAAACUUAAUUAAUUGAAGCCAGAAAAAUCAUUAUUGAAAAUUUCUUAGAAGCUGUUCUUAAUUCUCCUUAUAUAAAAUAAAAUCCAGAUUAAGUAUUAAAAUAUUUAGAACUUCCUCCUUCAUUUUAUUAAAUACUGGCUACUAGUCCAAGUUAAUCUUUUAUAGAAAGAGAAAAUCUGAGAAAUACAGUUAAAUCUUCUUCAUUUAAUUCAGAUGAUGUGUCCCUUAGUGAAACUUUAAGAUUUGCAAGAAAUUCAAAUUAUGUCAGAUAAACUAUGCAUCAUAAAAGUUUAAAAGGAACUAAUUCAAAUAUUAAUAUUAAAGUAUCUUUUAUAUAUUUUUAUUCUUAGAUAAUGUUCCUUAAUGAGUUUUAUAUCUUUUUACCAAUAACUCCUGAAUUAAGAGUUAGUGAUCUAAUUGAUAUGGCAGCUGAAGCUAUUAAAUUAAAAAAUUAUGAAGAUUUUAAAUUAGUUUUAAUUGAUGGUUUAGAAGUUAGAAUUCUUGAUGAUGAUGAUUGUAUUCCACAAACUAAAAAAAAUAAAUAAAUUAAUGAAGGAUUAAUAACCAAAAUUUCUUAUUUAUUCAAAGAAAAACAAAAACCUGAUACAAAAUUAAUAUUGAAAAAAUAUUUAUAUUUAUCCUCAAAAUAAGAAAAAAAAGACUAUUAAUCGGAUCUAGUAAGACUUGAUUUAAUAAGUCAUCAAGCAUUUGAUGAUAUUAAAAAUAUGAAAUAUAAACUAACCUUUUCAUAAUAUUGUGUUUACUCUAUUUACUUUCUAAUUAUUAAGUUUUAUGAACAUUUCAAACAUGUAAUAUAUAAUUUCUAUUUUGUAGAUUUUUACAAAAUCAUCUUUACCUAUUAAUUUAGUUAAAUAUUUAAUUCCAGAUAAAAUUUUUAAAUAAGAAAAAGAAUAAAUUUGGAUACAAGAAAUUUUUACUGCUAUAGGAGUAGUUAAAUUAGAGAUUGAAUAAAUUAUAAAAUAACAUGAUAAAAAUUUACAAGGUAUAAAAAAAUUAGAAUAACAAUUUUAAUAUAUUGCAGAAUUGCUUUUUAUGGAAUCCCUAUAAUAGAACUAAUUUUAUGGGUUAUAACAUUUUAAUAUUGAAAUUCCUAAUACAACUAAAGACAUACUUUAAAAGUAUUUAUAUAAUUAUUAAUAUUAGAUAAUAUAAAUGUUAACUUGAAACAUACUCUACUUUAGGAGUUAAAUUUGAUAGAUUUAUUAUAAUAUAUAAUAUGGAAAAAAAAAUGGAAAUCUUGUUAAGUGAAAUUAAAAAUCCUUCACCAUUUCCUUUUUAUUUUCAAUUUUAGAUAAAACAACUUUAAAAUGAAAAGAUUAUUUUCAAAACGUCUAAUGGUUUAGAAAUUUAGAAACUUUAUGAACUCUACUCAAAUAUCUCUAAUAAUUAUAUGAUGUGA